CUUUAAUACAUGAUGAAUGUGAAUACAUUGACUUGGAUGAGAUUGAAUCUGUAAAUGCUGAUCUCCUUGAAGAAUUCUUCCCAACAAUGGAUGAUGAAAUGGAUGUAGAAAUUAAAGAGACCCCAACAAAAAUUCAAAAUUUAACACCAUGUGUAAUUAUAGAUUACAUUAAUAGUGAAGUAAAGCACUGUAAUAGCACUACAAAUCUGUGGCGAUUGCAGCAAAUAAUAGGAACAAGGAAAAUAGAUGCACAUGCAGUUGAAAAUAUUCAAGGCAAUAGCACAACAAAUUUAUGA